AUGGUUGAAAAAAUUAUAACACCAGAAACAAGAAUAGCAAAAACGAUAUCAAGUAAUGUAAGAAAUAGUAUAUUUGGACACAUAUCACCGCUUGUUGGCCGAAAUAACAACAAUAUCAAUCGUUGUACAUCACCCAAAACCAAUCCAACGAUAACAAACCGAUCGUCAAGCAUCAAAAAAUUAAUCGAUCAAGAUCAUUUCCAUUAUGAGAAAGUUGAAAUAGGAUCAAUUGAUAUUGCACUGAUCGCUUAUGUACCCAAUGCAACAUCACCCAACGAACAACUUCUAUUGCAAAUCGAAAGUGCUGGCCAAAAAUGGCGUAUUAAUCGUAGCAUUGAUCAGUUAUGUGAAUUCGAUCAGCAAUUACAUCGUUGUGUAUUCGAUCGUUCACAGAGUCAUUUGAAGGAAUUAGCAUUAGAGCUGAAAGAAAGUGAUCCGGAAAGUGCUAAAGAGUAUAUUCUUAUUUAUCUGCAACAAUUGUCACAUAUUACUGGCAAUUUAAUGCGUUGCUAUUCUAUUUUAAAAUUCUUAGAGAUCGAUAGUCAUGGAAAUCGUUUUCUAGCAGCGGAAGAAACUCCUAUAAAUACACCGGCUAUAGCGAGCGCAAUUGUUACCAAAGAUUUCAAUGCAGAAACAUGUGAUCAAAUUUCAUUACGGGUUGGCGAUAUCGUAUCUAUCAUCGAAAAGGUGACAUCUUUUAAUAACAAAGAUAAAUCGUGGUGGAGAGCUAAACUGACAAUUGCCAAAAACGGAAACGGCAAAAUUAUUCUUGGCAAAAAUUUCGAGGUCGGAUUAUUUCCGAGUGAGUGUGUCAAGAUAUUCGACGAUAAGGCAGGACCACCAGCUGAUCAACAGCUAUUUUCCUCAAAAGAAGACUCAGUUGCCACCCCUGUCAAUGGCCGCACUUUCUUGAAACCAAACACAAACUUGACACAAGCGUCCAAGAAAUCAACAGGAUGGCAUCCACCGCGACGGGAUCGUUCCUUAGUACGAACGCUGUUACGAAGACACGCGGAACGACAAACUCCCCUCGUGUUCGGGACAGAUCUUGUUGAAUAUCUGCAGAAAACCGGUGAAGACGUGCCAUUAAUAUUGAAAAAAUGUGUGGAAGUGAUCGAAAAGCAUGGUAUUGUUACUGGGGUUUAUCGCCAAUGUGGCAUACAAUCAAAUAUACAAAAACUCAGGAAUGGCUUCGAUUCAGGACAUUUGCCAGAUUUACGUGAUGAAGCUAUCUUAAAGGACAUUCAUUCCGUUUCAUCGCUUUUGAAGCAGUACUUUCGUCAGCUACCAAAUCCAUUGUUCACAUUCGAACUUUAUCCGGAAUUUAUUGGUGCAUACGAAACAACUGAUGAAGAGCAAGCCAAUCGAUUUAAAGACGUCAUUGGAAAGUUACCACGUGAGCAUUACAGGACGGCAAAAUAUUUGAUCCGUCAUUUGACCAAAUUAUGCCAAUGUACGCAUCUUACGGAUAUGAACUCCAAAAAUCUUGCAAUUGUUUGGGCUCCAAAUUUAUUCAGAUGUCCGCCGUGUAUUGACGACGAUUCUGGUACCAGUGGUGACUCAUCACUUUUACAGGGUCUCAAUGCGCAAACGGGUCUUUGUAAUUAUAUACUUGCCCAUGCAGUUUACCUAUUCUCACUUGAAAACGACUCUCUUUCACUUCCAGAAAAUACGCUAAACAGAUCAUCAGUUUCAUCAUGUAGCGGUGAUGCCUUGCCACCAGAUUUAGAUCGUCGCCGUUUUAUUGAUGUCAAUGGUGGGCCUGCGACAUUGCCAGCAUUUCAUACUGUUAUCGAAAGACCACGACACAGAGAAACAAGUGCGAAUCCUGGUGGCAAAUGGCGACGCAUGUUGCGUGGUCCAUCGAUGGAUAAUGCAUUUGCCAGUUUACGUACACGAUGGAAAAGACAUGGAGAAGCGUAUUUAGACAACGAUAAUUCGACUAGCAAUGUGAAAUGGCGAAGGAGUCCAUCAGAUGUGCGGGCAUCACUGCGUGCUGCACGAAGUGCAUCACUAAUUUCAUUCGUUACGAGAAGUGUUGAGGAAUUCCGCAGUGGUGUUUUACGAAGUUGGCGACAUUGUGCUCCAACAUUACGUGAUGAUUCCAUAACAAAUGAUACGGGCGAUGAACGACAUACGACGGCAACAGCGGUUGCAACAGAACUCGUAAGGCGUCGAGGCUUGGCAAGUUUUCUGGCUAACGAUCAGCAACCGUCGACUUCGACAGAUACGAAAUUAGAAUCAAGUGUGAGAGGUAGUAUUCCGGAAGCAUUUUCGUUGGAUACGAGUGAUUCUGGUAAUAGUCGACCGCCCUCAACAGCUCGAAAUGACUGUAUCGAUGAUGGCAUAAGUUUGUCAUCUGACAGUUAUCGCUUUUUUGGUUUCUACGAGGAUGAACAGCAACCAGACGAAGGAGCAAGUUUGGAAGAUGUGAAGGAAACGUGGACGAAACGUAGUGCAAAUGUUAAAUCAGAACAUGGCUUAGAUAGAGCUUUUAAUACGAAUGCAACGAGAAGCAAAAAAAUGUCAAAAAAUGGUAUUGCGAGUGAUUCGCGAUCAUCCUCAGCCGAUGAGUGGUCUGAUGUGGCUAGAAAUAGCAGUAGUAGCAGCACAGGCUCACUACAUAAUGACUGUAGUCGAUAUGAUAAUGUUCCAAUAGGUGAGGAUGCUGGUAGAAGAGAACGUUACGUCGAAACACCGUUAUCAUUUUAUGAUUUACCACAAAAUAAUGUCAAACCUGUUCGAUCAAAUGUUCAAUUGUACUUUUUAUAA